GGUGUGAAACAAAAAAUAAAACUUCAAAAACCGACAUUUUUUACAUGUUUAUACUGUAGAAAUAACCAAUUAACAAGUAUUUACUCUGCCCUAUAUGCAACUGUGGGGUCACAACCAAUAAUAUACCCCAACAUUGGACACUUAACACUUAACUCGGAAAUGAGCACUUAAGAUUUUAAUCAUGUUUAACUAGGAUUUCCAAGGCAAGUGGAUUUAACUUGCAAGCUAUUGUGAGCCCUGUAAUUCAGCACAAUUCUGAACAAUUCUUAACAAUUCUGUGCAAUUUCAUGCAGUUCUCAGCAACAGAAUUCUGUUUAGAAACCCUACAUUUAACUCUGCACUUUAAGGUUGGAAUGAUGUGUCCUGGCAUAAUGAUAACAUACAUUCACCAACUCUAGGAAAGAUAAAGAUCAUCUGUUUAAAGUUAACAAUGAAUUUAGAAAACCAUCUUAACUUUUAUAUUUAAAAUUUAAAUAUUUAUGAAAUCUAGAAGUAGACAAACAGUUCUGUUUCUAAAUUUUGUUUUGACCAAUCAAAUCAGAUAAGUUAGCUGCAAAGGGAAUUCUUCUGGAUCAAUAUUAUGUAAUGCCAACCUGUACACCAUCCAGGAUCGCCAUGCUCACUGGAAAAUAUCCCUAUAGGGUGGGAAGACAACACAUGUAUAUUAAACCUUUAAUGCCAGCUGGUCUUCCCGUUAAUGUUAAGAUAAUGCCACAGUAUUUUAAAGAGGCUGGAUACGCCACUCAUGCUAUUGGUAAAUGGCAUUUAGGGUACUGUCACAAGAACUAUACUCCUACAAAUAGAGGAUUUGAUUCCUUUUAUGGUUUCUACCUUGGAUCUCAGGACUAUUAUUUGCACAAUAAGAUAGAAAACAUGGUGACCGGAUAUGACUUCAGGUUCAAUGAAGAUGUUUUAAGAGGUCCAGAGGUUGAUGGGAAAUAUUCAACAGAAUUGUUUGUUAACAGAGCAAAUGCACUAAUUGAAGAACAUAAAGAUGGAGAAAAGCCAUGGUUUACAUACCUAUCAUUCCAGAGUGUCCAUAAUCCAAUUCAGGUUCCAGAUGAAUUCACAAGAAAAAUAUGUAGAUAUAAGAAUGAAACAAGAUUUUACUAUAGUGCAAUGGUAAAUGCUCUUGAUGAUGCUGUGGAUAAGGUAGUAAAAGGGCUUAAGAGAACUGGACAGUAUGAGAAUACAGUGAUAGUGUUUACAACUGACAAUGGCGGAGCAGAUAAGGAUGGAGGAAGUAAUGAACCACUCAAAGGAACCAAAGGAACCCUUUAUGAAGGGGGGACAAGAGGGAUAGGGUUUAUUCAUUCUCCCCUUCUCAAGAAGACCAAAUACACUAAUAAAAAUCUGAUGCAUGCAGUUGACUGGUUGCCAACCCUUCUGGCAGCUGUGGGUCAAUCUGACUUGGCAAAGGAGCUUGAUGGUGUGGAUCACUGGGCCUCAUUCAACUCAGAAAAUGAGACAGCUCCAAGAGAGGAAAUGGUUUACAAUAUCAAAGAGAAACCAUUCAAGACUGCUAUACGUUUGGGAAAAUAUAAGCUGUUGUGGGGGAAUUUAUCACCCAAGAAUACAUGGUAUUCUGCCCCAGAAGAGGUCAUUAAUGUUCAAGACUGUAAGAAAAUACUUAAGAACAAGUCUAAAACUACAUUAGUAAACAAAAAUGAAGGACCAGAUCUCCAAGAAAGAGAAAUUGAGUCUAUUGAAACUUUAGACAGCUAUGACGAAGAAGAAACAGAAAGUGAGCAAGAUUUAAGUCUUGUCCAGGAGGAAAGAAAAAGACAACAUCAAGUAAGAAAUAAAAAAUAUCAUAAAGGAGGAAACAAAAAGAAGAAACAGCCAAGUGGCAAUUUCAAGAGAAGAUUUACCAACAAGAAUGGAGUAUUUAUCAAACCAUGGGGCAAAACUUUUCUUUAUGAUCUAGAGGCUGACCCUGAGGAGCGCAUAGAUAUCAGUAACGACUUUCCAGACAUUGUGGAAGACCUAAAAGAUAGAGUAAUGAAACACUUUGAAAACCUUCUUCCCGGAUUCGCACCAGAUGAUGUGGAGGUAGAUAAUAUACAAAGGAUUCUCAUAAUUCAUGCUCAGACCAUGAUUUUAAUGCCUACAUGCCUACAGCUAAUUAUCAUCUUUUCUGAGAAUAUCACUGUAAAGUUCAUCCCUGAACUAUUAGAUGCAUAAAGUUCUUAAUUUUUUUAAUUUUAAAAUUUUACUGUCAGGUCCAACAUUAGAUUUAAAAUAUGUGUUAUAGAUAUUUUUUUGACUUGAUUUUAUUUUAGGCUGGAUCACCCAAAUAUUGGGGAGGAGUUUAUAGCCCUGGUUGGUGUGAGGCUAAAUACAUUUAAAUAACAUAUUAAUAACCAUU